CACGCGUUCCUGUCGCACUGACGGUGCGUAAAGACCGAAGGCAGGACGCGCAGCGCAAUUGGGAUAGAAACGCCGCUCUCCAACGUUCCAAGUUACUUUAACCUCUCCCCGUCUACAAUCUCCAAUGAAGAUUUUGCUUAUUCCGUCAAAUUACUAUCCGUGAGAUUUCGCUUUUUUAGCCAUGAGCUGCUUGGAUGUUAUGUAUCAAGUGUAUGGUCCACCACCUCAGCCUUAUUUUGCCGCAGCGUAUAGCCCAUAUCAUCACCAGAAAUUGGCAUUUUAUUCCAAAAUGCAAGAAGCGCAAGAGAGCAUCAGCGGGGGCAGCUCGUUCUCAAAUCUCCCUGGGCCGACGAUAAAGGAGGAAGACUGCGCGCGAGAGAAGGAUCACCCUCCGGAGGCCGAGUACCUGAACUCGCGAUGCGUACUUUUCACCUACUUCCACGGGGACAUCAGCUCCGUGGUGGACGAGCACUUCAGCCGGGCCCUCAGCCAGCCAACCAGCUACGUCCACGGGUCGGCUAGCAACAAGUCUGCACGAGACGGAUUAUUCCCGAUGAGCCAGAGGAGUUUCCCCCCAUCCUUCUGGAACAGUGCGUACCAGCCCUCGUCCCUGAGCAGUGCCUUAGGAUCCUCCUACUCAGACAUACCCUUCCCUGGGGACCCCUACUCCUCUGCCUCUCUACACAGCCACCUCCACCAGGCCACCCCAGAGCCCUGGCACCACUCACACCACCACCACCAUUCUUACUCACUCGGUGGGGCCAUCGGCACCCAGGGCUCCCCCUACCCUCGACCCAGCAUGCACGAAGUCUACGGCACGCACUUUGACCCCCGCUACAGUUCUCUGCUGGUGCCCUCUGUCCGGCCGCACCGGCUCCCUCCAUCCACUGUCCCCGGACCCAGUGCCUCACCGUGUGACAUUGGGAAGAGCGAGUCAGCCAGCUCGGCCUGGACUGGGGCGUUCACAGGGGCAGGGGCAGGGGCAGACAUCAGCCAGAGCAUCGGCCUCAAUGUGGAUGCAGGUCUGCAGGUCCAGGAUAAGAGCAAGGACUUGUACUGGUUUUAAAGCUCUGCUGCCCUCCCAUGCCCGAGCUGGCCUCUGUGUUUCUCUGCACUGUAUGAUAUUGACAGACAUUUUCUGUAACAGAUUCUAAUCUCACUUGCAGCUCGACGCUACACCUUCAGUGGCGGAAACAUCCUCAGCUGAAAUUACUCGGAUACUCUCUGCUGGAAAUGCAGUGGACAAGGGGGAGAAUCUAAAACUCUCUCCUACUAAAGAGAAAGGAGGGGAGACACCAUGCAGGACUUGCUGGACAGCUUGCCAGAAAUGCUCUGUGGUGUGACUGACAAAAUGUUAUCUGGCCAAGACUGAACACUUUCCUCCAAAGAGGACACUUGUUGAAAAAGAAAAAAAGAGAGAAACUGGAAAGUAAAAAAUUAGAUUUGGCAUACUCGAAGACUGGAAAAACACUAUUUGCUAUUGUGUUUUUUUUUUUUACAUAUAUAUGAAAGGAGAGGAGCAAGAGAGAGGAGCAUUCUCUAACGUGACUGAAGUGAGCAGCGGCUAUGUGAAGCCAUUUGACUCUGUCUUGCUCCCCAGCAGCUGUCAACGACAACUGUUUCAGUACUCAACGGACACACACAAUUGUAGUGUCACUGCACAGUGUUUGACCAGGGGCUCUGGACUUCAUAAAUUGAGCAUUUUGUCAAAUCUGGACCUCGACCCACAGGGAACAACUGGUUUGACUGGUGAUUUUGAGGUGCGGGGUGGACAGGAGGUAGCAGAAGUGGACACGCACAACUGUGCUAUGUAUGUCUGUGUGCCAUAUCUGGGCAGUGCUACAGUAUAUGUGAUCUUUAUGUACUUAUUCCCCAUUGUUUUUCAGUUAUCCCAGGUAUAAAGUCCAAAUCAAACAGUCAUUAUCCAUGGUAUAUUGUAUUGUGAACAUAUUAAUAUAUUGACCUUUUUAAAGUAUUUUUUCUUGAUACAGUUGUAAUGUAAUGUCAAUGUGUUGUAUGCCUCAGCCUGUAAUUAUAAAGCAAUGGGACAAUGUGAUUAAAACUCAACUUUAGAGAUAAAAUGCGUAGUCUAUAGAAUACACAAUUUGAUAGACAGUUCAUUUGAAAACUAUCCUGUUUGAUGUGAGUUCUGGUUAAUUUCGUCAAUGAUAUGUGUACAAAAUAGAUAUCGUUCAGCCAUCUGCAAGCACAACUUAAAGGAAAAUGCCACCCCCAAACUUUUGGUAUUUGUUUCAUUAGUCCAUUGUUGACAAAUGUUUUACUUGUCAGCAAUCAAGUUCUCAAGAUAUGUAACCUUCAAAAUACAGAACUCAUCCCCUACGAUGUAACUUGCAUCAUGUGAUGCUGUGUUUUGCAUCAUAUGACAACAAUGGACUAAUGAAACAAAUACCAAAAGAUAGUUUUGGGGUGGACUUUUCCUUUAGGUGUUCAAUUUUUAUUAACUUCCACUAAUGCAGUGUACUGGGGUUUGCAUUAACCUUAAAUCAUUCUCUUGUAGAUACUGAAUGCUGAUGCUUCAACUUGUCAAUGUAAAGACAUAUUUCUAAAGGGCAUUCAAUACCGAACACCAGCAAAAACUCUAUGAAGUAUUUGUACAGAAUAGUAUUUGACCUUGUCUGGAAGAAUACUAUUCAAGAACAUUCAACUAAGAUGUUCUUGAGAAGAGCUACUUUAUUAAGGACAAAUGGACUGUGAUUGUGAUAUGUGGUUGUCCCACCUAGCUAUCUUAAGAUGAAUGCUCCCAACUGUGCGUCACUAAAUAAGAGUGUCCGCUAAAUGACUCAAAUGUUCAAAUGUAAGAGGCCAGGGAUAUUUCUUUCACUAUAUUCAACACCGUCUCUAUUUUCUCCAAGGACAUACUUUUCUCCUCGAAGACAUACAAAAGGCUACAUACAAACAGGCCACAAUUAACACAGAACUUAAUGAUCGGAGGGAGAAAAGGCAAUGGAACGGUCAUAAGAAUCAGGGGGCUGAAAAGGACACAGGGGAAAGAAAAGACCAUUCCAACAAAUUCAAACAAAAAUAAUGUGUGAGGCUGCCGUCAUGUGUUCCCUUUCUUGGUUGUGUUUCAGUUUAGCACUGGACAGCUGUAGAUUAAUAUCAGCUUCUGGCAAAAGUGAUGAAUGACAAGAGAGAGGUGGAGGGUCUCUCACUCCCCGGAGAACCUCUAACAAAGGAAUAUUCUCAGAGACAUUUUUGUUUUUAGCAGUUAAUGGGGAUGACGUGCAAUUGGCAGGUAAAAUAGGCCACAUGCAGUGUUUGGGUCAAUUAAUUACAGCAUCUAGGCUAAGAGGAAAAUUAUUGAUGUGUUUUAAAUCUAUUAGUGUGUGUGUUCUUAUAACAUAAUUGUUAUUGGUAGCCUAACAUCAAAGUGUGGGCUAUUCAGCGACAUCAUGGGUAAAAACAAUUGCCUGUUUAAAUGGGAUAUAUAGCCUACUAUGAAAAAAGGCCAUAGCAUAAUAGAUUGGCGUGUAGGCAAUAACAGACCAAUGUUUUGUUUGAGUGUGCCACCCAGAACUGUUCAUAUGGAAAACGUGAGUCUUGUUCCCAUGCCGUCGGCACCACGUGUCUGACUCAGACCUGUUGCAAAGCGUGCGAGCAGGCUGGUCCUCGGAACAUGCGACGGGACACUCGAUAGCCUUUCGUGUCUCCUAUUAGGUAUAUUUGUGAGGUUAACGCAUAAACUGAAGGCAAGAACUCGGAAAUUGUUGGUUGCUAUAGAGAUCGAGCGGAGCUGUCAUUAACAUUAUCCUAAAAACACCAUUUAUGGAGUGUGUGAUCUGGCUCCAGUUGUCACUGUGCGUGACCUUCAGCCUCUGCGGGACAAUGAGCUACCACGGAGUUACCGCAAGUCAGCACAAAGACAACAGGAGCACUGCCUCCGCUAUUCCAGCACCAUCUCAACUUAAGCAUUUAAACAUCAAAUCAGCAAAGCUAUAUAUGCUUAGUUUAGUACACUGAAAACAAACUUAAAGAUACCAAAAAACAAUUUAAUCCAAUCAAUGUUGCAAAAUAUUAUGUCCAUGGUACUUAUUUCUGUCUGUGUAUGUCUGUGUGCGUUCCCAAGUUUAAAACAAGAAAAAGAAAAGUUGACUCCUACUACUUGUAGACUGGUUGAAUGCCAAUCCCAUCCUCCUCUCUUUCAUGUUGGAAAAACGGUCUAUGGCUCUGUCAUACAGUAUGCUUUUAGAUUUCAUAGGCUAC